AUGGCUGGUUACAUUGCUACCAUGGCGUCAAACGAAGUUAAGAUCAAUACGCGGAAGAUGAGGUACACGGGAGAUGCAUUGGCUGCCCUUCGGGAGAGCAAAUUGGACGUCAAUUUGCAGGUCUACGAGAAGGCGUCCUCAAGCAGUUCCUCGUCUGACUCUGAUGGCGAUACGGAGUUGUCUUGUCCCUCGCCCGGACGGGGCUGGCUCAAGAGUGAACAGCAGAAACGUCUUCCGCAGGCAGCAAAAGAACGGCAUAUUGGCACGUACGCUCUGACGACUGAGUUAUCGUCAUGGGUCAAGGAAGCUAUCGCCAAUUAUCAACCAUCCGCAGAAGUCCUAGACCUUGUGGAACCUUUCGCAGCUGAGCUACACAACACCUUUGAGAAUGAAAGGGGCUCCAGCACUGGGCUACACGAUAUCGAUGCAAUCGAGCUCACAUACCAGUUCACGGUGGAAGUCGGCGCUGCGAUUCUCUUGGCUGCUAAUGCUACUAAAGAUCCGGUCGACCUCUCUAUGCACACCCAACUCCAUGCUUCAAAGGCUGGUGGAGAUGACCACUUUUCAUCAUGGGGCAAGUUGCUGACUGGCCUCGAUUGUGACCCUCCGAUCAUCGUGCAAUUCCCCUUCUACUUGAUGAUGUGCCAAUCAUUCACCUUCGAGCCGAUUGGCUACAGGGAAGACUACAUAUAUUCGGCCUUGACCGGUGUCGACUGGGCCAAAGGCUCCAACAAAUUCAAUGACCGGUUGAACGCUUUCAAGGCUCUGGCAUUGGCCUCACUGCCCGACCUCGAUGAUACCAGUUCCGGAGACCAUACUAUCGGUUCCGCAUAUAUGAGUCGAGAUGGUGCUGCGUGGCUGGACAACGAGGGCAUCGACUCGGUCAUCGGCAGCGCCUUGCCCAACGACGUAAUGGACCUCCACACUGAUAUUUUCACGGGCGAGACGCGGAACCUCAUUCGUCUUCUUCUGCCCCCUCUCAAAAUUACCGAGGCUAUCCAGAGCACAUCUACCCUGCUCUCAUCAAUGCUUUGCGAAAUCUUCAGGGGUCAUUACAGAGCACGUUUCAACAAUCGUGAAGACGGACAACUAUACAUUGCAAAGUACCCAAAGUUUUGGGACUGGACGUGGGAGAUUUAUGGUUUGGCGAAAUCCCAGAUCACCGAGGCUGCAAUUGCCGAGCCGCUCGUCGCUGGACUCAAAAGAGCUGUGACACGCAACGAGCUCGCUGAAUCUGCCCCGAACAAGUUCUUCCACCUCUGGUACGACAUGGUGGAGGAUGGCUCUGCUCAGCUGGCCAAGAAGCAGCCCCUCGGAGUCACCGACGACCUCGCGCCCGUGGUUCGUAACCUUCACAGCCUCUGGCAUCAGCAAUUGCUUGAUGAUACGAAGCAGCCCGGGUGGGGCCGCGAAUUUGACAUGAGGUCGGAUGCGCUCUUCAGUGAAGCGGGCCAUAUCCUCGCACAAAAGGGCGGAAUUUCGGAGGACAUGUACAAAUUCUCCAUCGCCUACGGGAGACUCAGCAUGAGCUUGCCAUACAUUGCUUAUCACACAGUGGACGCUAUAAUCUUGGCAUUUGGAGCUAUACCACCGGUUUGA